UAUUGUUAAUUAAAUAUGAACAGCCCUGAACCGUUGUUAAAAGAGAUUCUCAAGGAUGCUCUCGCACAUCUGCAAGAACCUUUAUUAUUUCAAAACAUGUUGCAAGACCCCGACGGUUCGCACGAGUGGAAACUGCUCGAAUGGGAUUUCUCGGAGUUCGCUGAUAAAUUGGGAAAUAUAAAACUGCCGUUUCGAGUUGGUUAUAAUGCCAGACUUACGAGUCCUCAAUGGGAAAGACAUUGCUCUGUAAAAUACAUGACAUUGCAGGAGUUUGCUGAGAAUAAAGAAGAAUCAGAGGAUGAGAUGUGGUAUUACUUUGAUUACAAGUAUAUGCAAGAAUGGUUUAACGAUAAGCCAGAAAUUCUGGCUUCAUUGAACUGGCGCAAGUUUGGGAUCGAUAAGGAUGGGUCGGAUUCAACUCUGUGGAUUGGAAGCAAAGGUGCUCAUACUAAUUGUCAUCAGGAUUCCUAUGGUUACAAUUUGGUAGCUCAAAUACAUGGCAGGAAAGAAUGGUUGCUUUUCCCGCCAAGUUCGAGCAAUUUUCUAGAACCAACGAGGAUUCCUUAUGAGGAAUCAACUGUAUAUAGCAGAUUUAAUUUCUUUUGUCUGAGCAAGGAGGAUGAGAAGAAAGUAUUGGAUGUACCAUAUAAACCAAAAGUAAUAAUUCUUGAGCCUGGAGAUGUUUUAUUCGUGCCUUGGGGCUGGUGGCAUUAUGUUGAGUCUCUGGAUCACAGUAUGAGUAUUAACGUAUGGUUGCCAUUGAAAGAGGAUAGCAGAGCACGGCUCAAGGAAGCUCUUGUUAAAUUAACAGUGGCUACAAUUGGAGGCCAGAAGUAUUCAGCAUCUGAGGAUGAAGAUAGCGAUGUGUCUUAUUACACUGGAUUGAUCGAUGCUGCUCUUCAGGAAUGCAAAAGCGACGUCGAGAAUGCGUCAGAAUUUCCUUCUGUAAAAAGAACAAAAUAUUCUUCGUGGACUGUGGAAGAUUUAAUCACACAGUAUCCUGAAUAUGUUAGGCCAUUACAUAAUUUAGAAGAUCGUGAAUUACAAAGGUUCCUUCAAGAAAAACAGGAAAGAUUUCCUAAGAGUAAUUCCACUCAGAAGCUACCUCAACAGUCGACAGAUAUUAAAACAAUACCUCCACUUGGAACAUCCUUGGAAUCUAUUAUCAAUGCGUUAUGCCAUCCAGAUGUAGUUACUAAAGCAGCAGAAUUAUUAUUAAAUAAUACACAAGGAUAAUAAAAGAGCAAUUUAUUUCAUUGUAUAUCUAAAAAUGAUAAUUAA